AUCUAGAUUCAGUUACUACACUUUCCCCAUCCUCAUCAACUUCACUUUGACAUAAUGGCCUCCGGAUACGGUUACAGCGGCGGACGCAGCAGAUGCUACCCUUUCUGGCAAGAGUUCCACAAGUGCUACGCUCUUGCUGACAAGCCCGAGGAGUGCGUUCUCCAGCGCGAUGAUUAUCUUGAGUGCCUUCAUCACAGCAAAGAGAUCCUCCGCACAAAGACCGUUCAGGAUGAGGCGUACAAGCAGAAGGAGAAGCGCGCCAAGGAGGCCGCCGAGUCCAAGAAGAAGGCCGACUCUGCCUCGGCUAGUAAUGUGCCAAGGUUGAACGUUGUGGAGGAGAAAGCAAAGGCGUCGACAUCAGCAUAAAGAAAACCAGGGAUUGAACGGAUCGAUAAACUGGAAUUGAACGAUUUAGAGGCGGUCUCCUAUCGGCACACCGCACUGUACCUUACUACACGGAGGAAACAAACACAAACACACAAGGACAGAUUUGCAGGGGGUUGCUUGUUUUUUAUUUUUAUUUUUCGAUUGGAAUAAAAAUAUGACCUGCAUCUUCUGUUUAAUUGCACCUGGUCCUAUCAUUGACAAUGCAUGGCG